AUGUGGGGCAUCAUAUUGGCCCUGAGUGUAGCUCUGGCUGCUGGAAGUCAAGAUCUCCAGUAUGAUCUGGAGUUUCCCAGCACCAAGAGCUUUACUUACGCCUACGAGGGCCAAGUGGUGACAGGUCUGCCAGAAGACGGCUUUGCAAAAGCAGGCCUUAAAGUGAAGUGCAGGGUCCAGAUCAGCGCGGCUUCUCCCAGAAUCCUUUUCCUGAAGAUUCGUAACCUAGAGAUGCAAGAAUUUAAUGGCAUCUGGCCAACAGAUAAGUUUACAAGUUCUACCAAACUAACCAAGUUACUAGAGAAACAGCUUGCCACACCAAUCAAGUUUGAGUACAGCCGUGGACAAGUUGGAGAGCUGUACAUACCAAGAGGCCUAUCACAGACUAUACUCAAUGUGAUUAGAGGUAUUAUGAAUAUUCUUCAGCUUACCAUCAAGAAGACUCAGAAUGCAUAUGCCAUGCAGGAGAAUGGAAUUGGUGGACUUUGCCAUACCAGCUACAUGAUUCAAAAUCAACCUAAAACGAAGCACAUGGUCAUUACCAAAUCCGUAAACCUAAAUGACUGUGAAGAACGUGAGAGGAUGGUCACUGGAAAUGCCUAUUUCUACCCAUGCCCCUCGUGCCAGCAGAGAAACAAAAACUCCCGAGCAGCUGCGACCUACAACUACGACGUGAAAGCAACAAACACAGGUGGUCGACUUUUGGGGGCAGAAGUGCGAGAAGUUCACCAGUUCACACCGUUCAAUGAAAUCAAUGGAGCUGUGUUGGUGGAAGCAAGGCAGAGACUUGUAUUAGCUGCAGUUCAAGAGCAGAUUCAUUCGACCCCAGAGAAUAAUGACUAUAUUACCAAAGAGUCGCUACGGUAUCACUUUGAGAGGAAACUGAUUCAAACUCCUAUUCAGUUGUUAAGAACAAAAAAUGCAGAGAACCAGAUUAGUUCUCUCCUGCAGCAUUUGGUGGAACAUAACAUGGGACCGCUUUCGAAGGCCUCUCCAAUAAAGUUUCUGGAAUUGGUACAACAUUUACGAAUGGCAAGCUUGGAAGAAAUAGAAGGCCUAUGGAAGCAAUUUUCAGGAAGGGACCAUUACAGGCGCUGGCUAUUAGAUGCUAUUCCAGCCAUCGCAAACCAUUUCUCGCUAAGGUUUCUAAAACUGAAACUGAAGGAACUGUCAGAGUUUGAAGCAGCACAGGCUGUACCGCUGGCCUUACAUUUAAUUAAAGCAGAUCGCGAAGCAAUAGCCGAAGCUCAGGCCUUGCUUGAGGUUGUUAACUCCCACAGUAGCUCUCUAGUACGGAAAGUGGCCUAUCUGGCCUAUGGAUCACUGGUCCACAAAUUCUGCAGCGUGACAGAAUAUUGUUCAGAGGAAGCCCUGCAGCCUCUCUAUGAUCUGCUAGCGGAAGCCAAGACUGCAAUGAACACAAUGGACAUAAUUCUGGCCCUUAAAGGUUUGGGGAAUUCUGGACAAGCAGCUUGCAUCAAGAAGAUUCUGAAGUUCCUUCCAAGAAUAACAUCCACGAGCUCCAACUUGCCUCUACCUGUGCAGGCCGCGGCUGUUUUGGCCCUGAAAAACAUUGGGAUCAAACACCCUGCAAAGAUUCUAGAUAUCUGCCUUCAGUUGUACAUGGACAUGCAGCAGCACUCAGUUAUCCGAAGAAUAGCCGCUGGUAUUAUCCUGGAGGAAAAGCCACCUUCUUCUGUUGUCAUGAUGAUGGCAAAAUCUCUCAUGAAAGAAGCUGACAUGGAAGUGGGAAGUUUCGUCUAUUCUUCGAUGAAGAGGUUUAGUAGAAGCGCCAACCCUGAGCUACAUGAAAUGGCUGCUAUUUGCAACAUAGCUGUGGCAAUCCUGAAGUCCAGAUUUGAAGCCACAAGAGGCCAAUUUAGCAGUGGAUUCUAUUAUGACAUAUAUUCAGAUUCACUUAUGUCAGGAAUGCAAAGCAUGCUUAACAUCAUACAUGAUGCUGCUGAUGUUUUGCCAAUCGCUGCUCUCGGUAGGCUCAAAAUGAACUUCAUGGGUGUUUUCACUGAACUGCUAGAGAUCGGCUUCCAUGCUGAAGGCCUUCAGGAAUUAUUAAUGAACAGACACUUAUUCUCCUCUGGAAGCGGGCUGCACAAUAUAAAGAAAAUUAUGGAUAUGCUGAAGAAGCUCCAUGGCUGGAAGCCAUUACCUUCGGAUGAACCUCUGGCUUUUGCGCACCUUAAAAUGUUUGGACAAGAACUUUUCUAUCAAGAUUUAAACAAACACUCAAUAGAAAACAUCCUCAAGAUUUUUCACAGUGGCAAGUUUGCUUCAUUACAAGCAGCUGUGAAGGCGCUGCAGAAGGGUCUGGAUAUACACUGGUCUAAGCCUUUACUAUCAAGUGAAAAUCGUCUAAUCGUCCCAACUUGUGUGGGUCUGCCACUGGAAACCAGCCUGUACUAUUCAUCGGUUACCAGGGUGCAGGUACAAGCUCGGUCUCAUAUCACUCCCGACCCUAAAGACGAUCUAAGGAUUCUGCAGUUACUUGAAUCUGACAUUAGUCUGCAGGCAAAGCUUUCCUUAAGUAUGACCAAGGAAAUAGUGUUCAUGAUCGGUGUCAAUACCAACCUGAUCCAAGCCGGAAUGGAGCUCAGAACACAGGCCAGCUUUGUAUUACCCGCAAAUGUGGAAACCAACGCGAACGCUGGGCAAAAACACUUCAAGAUGGAUUUUAUUCCAGAGCUGCCAGAUAAUGAACUUAUUUCCAUAAGGUCAAAAGCGUUCGCUGUAACCAGAAACUCGGAGGAUUUAGCUGCAGCGAAGAUGACUCCUAUUGUAGCAGCUGGAACAGAACCAAACGUGCUAAAACAGACCUUCAGUACGCAAGGGUUGUCCGCUGGGGACAGUACAAGGGCCGAGGGAAAGUUUUCCGCCGAAGUUUUAAGCAAAGAGAAUGCUUACUGGUCAGAGCAGCCGCGAAGACAUCCUCAGUUGUCGGAUGUCUCCAUGUGCGCCAAAGCUGGGGAUUUGGGUUUCCAAGUUUGUCUAGUAAGAAACUGUCUGACGACUGCCUUUGUCAGAAACUGCCCGCUGUAUCACUUGAUCGGAGAUCAUUCUGUGAAAGUGGUAUUUAAGCCAGUGCACACGGGUGCCUCAGUCGAGAAAAUACAAAUAGAAUUUCAAGCAGGGCCUGGGGCAACGUUGAAAAUGGUGCGUUCAGUUAAUGUUCGUAGAGCUGACGGUGGAAUACAAGAGCUGGAAAACCCAAUAGACCGCAUGGCUCUUUCAAAGCUGCAGAAGAUUCUUGGCAUUAGCGAGGUUAUGAAACAGGCUGGUUCAAAAAAUAACACAUCAUCAAGUGCCUCUUCUUCUAGAAAUUCUUCAGAAUUGUCCAAUGUAGGCACAGGUAGCCAAAAAAAGCAGCAGCGGCAUAAGAAAAAGGACCACAAGUCUCACCAUGGUCAACACAAUAGAAAUAAAGUAGAAGAAGGUCACCAAAGACACCAGAGUGGAAUGAAGAAUAUAGAACACCAACACAAGCAUCACCAACAUUCAGAGCAAGAAAUACCAGAUCACAUAUCUCACCAUGAUUCAGGAAAGCACAAGGGUCAUGGCGUGAAAAAAGAAAUGCACAUCCGUUGCAAAUGCUGGCCAGAAUCCACGGGCCACCACAUCCACUCCCAUGAGAUGGGGGUAGAGGAGCAUAAUAAUAAACACAACCAUACAAAGGGAGGAUCAGAUAAUCAGCAUAAAGACCAUCACAGCAAGACACAACAUGAAAAACAUCACAAAGAUGAACAUGAAAGUAGGAAAAAUAGCCAUGAACAUAAACACCAUGAAGGAGAAGGAGAACAUAAACACCAUGAAGGAGAAGUAGAACAUAAGCACCAUGAAGGAGAACAUAAACACCAUGAAGGAGGAGAACAUAAAAACCACAAACAUAAACAAGGAGAAGCAAAGAAUCAUCACAAGGGAGGUCAUAAAGAAGAAGUACAAGAGGACCCUCAUAAAGCUCAUCAUGAAGGUCAUCACAAUGAAAAACAAAGCCUUGACACAAAAGAACAAAAAAGACCCUGCAGGUGUUGGCACGAACCAAAAGAGAAUGGUCACCAUCAUAAAGAAAAACAAAAAGACCACCAUCACGGAACAAAAUGCCACCCCUCACAAGGGAAGAGCGGUAAUGAGAAGAAAUGCAAAUUCCUAAGUAGUAAAAGCAGUAGCAGUAGCAGUAGUGAGGAUAGCAGCUCAAGUGAAAGAAAUCAUGAACCAAAACCCACAAAGGGCCCCAGAAUACAGCAGAAAAAUAGUGACAGUAGUAACUCAAGAGUCAAAAAGCUGAGGGAAAAAUCCAAGAAGGGCCACAGAAAACAUGAGAAGGGUAGCAAUCACAAUUUAAGUCACCAGAAGCAACACAAAGAAAGCAGGAAACAUAGACAUGAUCGCAGAAGACAUCAUAAAGCUAAAAGUAGUGCAUUUACAAAGAAUAUUCUAAAUGAUACAAGAACAUCGGAAUCACAAGAUAAUUCAUGGAUUUCAUCAAAUUUUUCGGAACUCUUUGAAGUAGAAAAUAUCAAUAGUAAGUUUGAGUCAACAUCUACUCUUACGCAUGGAAGACGCAGAAAGAGCAGCAGCGAAGAGAAUUCAUCACGCUAUACGCAGAACUUAUCUGAACGACUCUCCCCAGACUUCGUUUUUCUUGUCAAAGCCCUCAUGAGCGAUGCCCAGCACAAAGGAUACCAAACCACAGCUUACUAUGAAAAGCAUCGUGCUCAGGUGCAGACUGUUUCUCUGGAUCAAAAGAGCUCUUGGAAAACAUGUUUUGACGCUUCUGCCUCUGGAUUCCACAAGGCCUCUGCCAUGAUUAGGUGGGGAAAAAACUGCAAAGACUACAGAAUCGCAGCACAAGCAUCUACAGGACAGAUGUCUGGAGCUCCAGCUGUACAGCUGACAUGGCACUGGAAAUGGUUGCCUUCCUGGUUAAGGGCAGUGACUGGAAGCUUCAUGCCGUAUGUUCCUGGAGUGGCAUACACACUGGGAUUUUCAGAGCUACGUCGUCACAACACACCACACCAAGUCACCUUGAGAGUGGCCACUUCCACUGCUGACACAUUUGAUGCCAUCUUAAAGACCCCUGAGAUGACAAUUUACAAGCAAGGCAUGCCCUUCCCAUUGGAUCUGUCACUUGAUACUCACUGGCUCCAGAAAAUUCACCUGAUGGAUGUCACAGCUCUUCCUGAUGUCACAUCAUUGGUUCGUCAAACCGUGUGCAAAGUGGACGCUGGAAACAUUGUGACCUUCGAUCAGACGAACCUGGGGUGUUCUCUCUCCCCUGCACCCUGCUAUACGGUGAUAGCUCAAGACUGCUCCAAUCAAUUAAGGUUCUUGGUCGCCAUGAAAAAAAUGGGUCAAGGAUUUUCAACCUUUGAAAUAAAUGUCAAGCUGGGAUCUUCAGACAUUAAAAUCCAUUGUGACGCUUCGGAGGAGUUCCACAUUCAGCUGAAUGGAAUGUGGCUGCUGUUAAAGAAUGACACGUACAUCAAUGAAAGAGAUUGUAUCAGAAUCCAUAAAAACUCAACGACAGUGACUGUGAAAGCACCAAAGAAUGGCGUGGAGCAGAUCUCCUUCAAUGGGCAGUCCAUCCAGAUCCAAAUUUCUCCUCUGAUGCGUGGAAAAACCUGUGGCAUUUGUGGGAACGCCGAUCGCUCCCAGAACAACGACUGGAAAAAGCCAAACAGUGAAAAGGCAAAGAGUUGCGAUGGGCUGAUUCAUUCGUGGACAGUGCCGGAGAAUACAUGUGGCUGUGCAAUGACACACCAGUACAAGAUGCUGGAAGAUCAGCUCAUUGACGAACGCCAAUCUACAUGUUAUUCUGUAGAGCCAACACUGACAUGUAGGGAAGGCUGCCAGCCAAAAGCAACUACACCUCUCCCUGUUGCGUUCCACUGUCUUCCCAAAGACUCCGCCAUAGACCUAGCAGACUGGCAAGCAAACCCGAGAGAGUCAUCUGAGGACUUGAUUAAAGACAUAGACGUUCACACCAGCUGUGCCUGUACUGAAGAAUGCUCUGCAACUCAGAAAUGA